CACGUCCAGAGCUCCUACUCCAGAGAUGGGCUGGGGCUGGGGGCCAAGUGGGUCCAGCAGAUGGGUGAGGGCCGAGGGCUGAGUGGGGCGGCAGAGGACCUGUGUCAGCUCCGAAGCCCAGCCCCCAAGGGAGGGGCUGGCCUCUGCCGGGGGUGCCCCCAGGGUCACUCACACCCAGGCUGGGUCGGACACUUUGAGGACCCCUUGGUGCCUCCACAGGUGGCCUGGAGUGCAUCCUGCUCCCCCUGCCGCACCCGCUGUGCCUCAUCCCCCCAACCUCCCAGGCUGGGUGUUAGGGUGAGCUGGCUCCAGGAAAGGCCAUAGAGCUGGAAUGCCAGGGCUGGAGAGGGAAGAGGAACAGUGGCCUCCCUCACGUGGUCCGGGCUCCGUGGAGGGUCUGUUGGGGGGCGCAGGAAGGACAAGGUGGGUUCAGAUUCCCGAGCCCCACCACGCAGGGGAGUGGGGACGCUCUGUGCUUGUCUUCUGAGGGACAAGGGGUCUCAUUCCUUCCCCCAGUCAACAAGAACAGGAACUUUGUCCAAAACCCACCAGGCCAGGGUUACCCAUUGUUUAAUCUUUUCCAUCUGCAACCAGGGCACCUGGGACCGCACCCUCACACAGGGCCCCAGCCUGGGGAGGGGGCAGCCACUGGGGAGAGGCCGCCCUUCGCUGUUACUCAUUAACCUGACCGAGCGUCAGGAAGCCAGCGAGGGGCGGCAGGGAGCCUUUGCCAAGAGCAGGGCCAGGGUGACCAGAUGGCUCCCGGGUGCCCCGACACGGCCAGGCUGGUCUGGGACCAGGUGCUGGGAUGGGGGCUGUCAGGGAAGUGCCUCGGAGGCUCUUCUGCAGACCCAGGAGGGAUCAGGGUAGCUGCAGGAGGUGGGGGGAGCCGCCCCCAGGGCCUUCCCUUCACAGGCCCCACAGACACCAGCCCAGGACCCGGAGGGCACCCACACCACCGCCGGCGGAUGGGCGUCUUACCAGACAUGGUUAGACCUGGCCCUCUGUCUAAUACUGUCUGGUAAAACCGUCCAUCCGUGGCCUGAUCACCGUUAGAGGAGAGAACUGCCUGCCCUGCAGCUUAUCAGUGCAAAGCCGCCCGGUCUGGGGCUCUCGUGCCCCCUUCACUGUGGCCUGUGCUCACCCGCAGCCCAUCAGUGCAAAGCCGCCCGGUCUGGGGCUCUUGUGCCCCACCCUCGCCAUGGCCUGUGCCCCACCCUCGCCAUGGCCUGUGCCCACCUGGCCUCCUGGGGCCCUCGAGCCAUAGCCCCUGGGCAGAUGCUGUGGACCCCAUGCUAUCAGCCCAGCCCCUGGGGCCACAGUCACAGACACCCAGAGCCCCACCCCACAGCCCCAGCCCCCUCCCCACCUGGGGAGGCUGAGACAGAGGCAGCUGGGCCCCCCAAAGUGCCUGAGCCCAGGGCAGGGAGGAGCACAUAUGCCCGGCAGGGACAACGUCACAGCCUCUCAGCGGCCAGGCAGCAGGACCCAGAGACCUCUGGGAGGUUUCUGGGGCUGGCCCUGAGCCUCGUCCCCCAGGGGCCAGCUGUGGGGUGCAGACCACACUCUCCCCCAGGGCCCAUCUCUGGGGCUGAGGCGGGCGGGGCCGGUGCCCAGCUGCAAGACCAUGGGAUAGGGAAGGCAGGUGCUUGGGGCCACACAGCCCUGCACUGGGGGCCCCUCCACCCCAGGCGGCUCACGAGGUGUCAUCUGGAGCUGUCCCCAAGCCGGGCUCUGCAGGUUGAGCCCCCCCACCCGGGGCUAUCCCCAGACCCCCUUUCCUCCCUGGGGAGAUGGGGUGGUCCCCUGCAGGGCUGGCUGAAACCACCCCCCACGCUGCUGAGGCCUGAGCGACGUGUGUGGGGAAGAACUUGGAGUGCCACCCCCAGAAUGUGGCGUCCGCCUCACCAGACCCCACAGGUGAGCCCUGGACCGCAAGGUGCAUAUAACACAAGGUUUGGACACACCUGGAGAGCUCGGGCCAGGCAGGGCCACACCUGUGAGCCUGAGCUCAUCCAACACUGCCCGGACCUUGGGGACCUUCCCCAUCCCAGCACCACCUCGCCGCUGUGCCCGUCUGGCCAGUCCCUCUAAGCACCCCUCCGAUGAAGAUGCGCCCCACACUGCAGUGGGGCUGGCUCUCCACAGAGCCUGCUGCGUUGCACAGGGUGUGACAGGAAGGACCCUGCUGGGGCUGGCGGGGCCGUAACCAGAGCCUCCCUGUGCGGUUUCUCCUCCUCCUCCUCCCCUCCGUAAGC